CACAUGGGGUACGAUUCCUCCAAACAAUCACGGCAUUACACAAUAGUUGAUUUCUUUUAGUUACGCAGGUUAGGGUAUGGGGUUUUUUUAAAUUUAAUAAUUUGAAAGUUUGCUCCUUUCUGGUUUUCUUUUUCCCUCUAUUCAUCACCUCCUUCUUUUCACCCAAGUAUCCAUGGAAGCUUCUCUUCCACUCUUUGCUUCCUUCUCUCUCUAAGAACAAAAAGAACCUUGAAAAGUUUUGGCAACCUUUUAUUAUUUCAGGAGUCUUAGCUUCCUUCUCUCUCUAAGACGGGGGGAAAAAAAAAAAAACAGAGAGAAAGAACCUGUUGUCCACCAGGACUAAUGCUGUCUUCUGUCGCUCUAAAAACUAAAAACACCAGGAAUAACCUCUGUAACUGUGACCCCAUGAAACCAUCCAUGUCACUGCAAGCCUUGUUUCUCUCUCUUCUUGUAAUCGACCUCAAUUUCUCUGUCUCCAAUGCUUUCAAUUACUCAAACUUCAAUGGAGCCAACAUGACUCUAUCAGGCUCUGAGAUCACCUCAAGUGGAGCCCUGCAACUAACCAACAACUCUCUGAGAGUAAUUGGCCAUGCCUUCCAUCCCAUUCCUUUACAAUUCAAAAACUCCUCAGAAGGCUCUGUAUUCUCUUUCUCCACAUCCUUUGUUUUCGCAAUAAGCCUACCGAACCCCGAACCAGCUAGUGGAUUUGCCUUCGUAAUCUCUCGUUCAACCCAACUUCAAGGAGCUAUGUUUGCCCAAUUUCUUGGUUUGUUCAAUGCAACGAGCAAUGGAGACCCCAAUAACCAUAUAUUUGCAGUGGAAUUCGACACCAUCCAAAACAUCGAGUUCCUGGACAUCAACAAUAACCAUGUCGGUAUCGAUCUCAAUAGCUUGCGGUCUAAUGCAUCGGCCCCUGCCGGUUAUUACACACCAGAUGGCCAAAACACCAACAGGCAAAAUUUAAGCCUCAAGAGUGGAGACCCAAUUCAAGUGUGGAUAGAUUACAAUGGUACAGAGCAGCUGCUCAAUGUGACUCUCUCUCCUCUUGGAGUAUCAGGACGAAACAGCCGGCCUUUGCUCUCUUACAGGGUCGAUCUUUCCUCUAUUUUUCAGGAGUUUAUGUACGUGGGAUUUUCAGGGAGUACGGGCAUGCUCGCAAGUUGCCAUUUCAUUCUGGGUUGGAGCUUUGAAGUGAACAACAGAGCUCAAGAUUUAGAUCUCUCUCGUCUUCCUUGGUAUCCAAGAGUUAUAUCUUCAUCAAGUAGUCGAUUAUCCAUGGGUGCUAAGAUUGGUAUAUCCCUGGCAGCCGUGUUCCUUGCACUAUCUGCCAUUGCAUUCACUGUAUACAUUGUUCGAUAUCGAACAGAGAAGAAGAAGGUGGAAGAGUGGGAGUUGGAGUAUGGGCCCCAAAAAUUCACUUACAAAGAGCUCUAUACAGCAACCAAAGGCUUCAAGGCCGAAAGACUAAUUGGCUGUGGAGGAUUUGGAGAGGUUUACAGAGGAGUUUUGCCCAACUCAGAUUUGGAAGUUGCAGUGAAAAGAGUACAACAUGAAUCAGAGCAAAGGCUAAGAGAGUUUUUAUCAGAGAUACAAAGCAUAGGGAGACUCAGGCACAGGAACCUGGUCCAGCUCUAUGGUUGGUGUAGGAAAAACUGUCAGCUCCUCUUGGUCUACGAUUACAUGCGCAAUGGUAGCCUCGACAAGUAUCUGUUUGAUAAGAAAGCGCCAGUUUUGAGCUGGGAGCAAAGGUUCAACAUCGUAAGGGGCGUGGCUUCUGGCCUCCUAUACUUGCAUGAGGAGUGGGAUCAAGUGGUCAUACACAGAGACGUGAAAGCAAGCAACGUAUUGUUAGAUGCUGAUAUGAAUGGUCGAUUAGGUGACUUUGGCCUGGCAAGGCUAUACGAGCAUGGUUCCGACCCAUACACAAGCCAUGUGGUUGGCACACUAGGCUACCUAGCACCUGAGCUAGCUCGAACCGGCAAGCCCACCACUGAGUCAGAUAUCUUCUCAUAUGGGGCAGUUUUACUCGAAGUGGUUUGUGGUCGUAGGCCUAUCGAGCCUCAAGGAUCACCAGGAGAAGCUGUACUGGUCGACUGGGUUUGGAAACUGUUCAUAGAUGGUAGGAUUUUAGAAGUUAUCGAUCUGAGACUCGGGGAUUGCUACAUUGAAAAUGAGGUGCUGAUGGUGUUAAAGUUGGGAUUGCUAUGCUCACACCCAAUACCUGGCUCGAGGCCAACCAUGAGGCAAAUUGUCCAGUAUUUGGAUGGGGGGGUUGAGUUCCCUGAUCUUUCAGUUGAUGAUAUGUUGGUUAGCAAUACGGAAAUUGAAGAAUAUGUUCGAACAUAUAUGUCUUUGAACGAUGGAUAUGGAACGACCUCAUCUAUAAUGCCUAUCUCGGGGCUCUCGGGAGGUCGCUGAUAAUCUCAAUUUUCUUUUUUGGUUAUGGAGUCUGUAAUAAAAUAAUGCAUCAAUUUUCAGAUACUGAUAGUAUGAAA